AUGGCCACGGAUGAAGAAUCAUCGCUUGUUGAUGAGAAUCAAAAUGGAACUCAAACACUUAUUCAUAACAGAGAAAUUUAUAUUCUGAUUUGGGUGUUCUUGUUGUUUUACUUGGCUUAUGAUGCUGCUCAGAAUUUGCAGAAACAACUUCAAGAAGAACAAGAAGCGACCAUAUCAGGAGUGGCAGAUGCAGUGUGGUGCAUGGACACCCAUGGGAGUUGA